CAGUCAGUGCAGCGCGCUGUUCUCCUCCGCGGCUGUAGGUGGCGCGGCUGCCGACCUGCCGCGUCUCUGCGCUGCGUUGGUGUUGAAUGGAGACCAAAUGCUGCAAAUUUAACUUCAGCUGCGGUUUUAUAAGCGCUAAAGUUUAUAAAACGCAACCAAACUUUCGCCCGCAGUUCGUUUUGUACUGAUUAGACGUGAUCAGGCGGUAUUUCUGACUCGCCUGCGGAGAAACGCGCUGCUUUUGAUGCUCGGCUUGUUCUGCUAGCAGCUUUAGCCGCCUGCUAAUAAUGCUGCGCUGAAAAUAAACAAACAGCUCGCGCGUUAAACCCGAACCAGCGCCGCCGGACAGGCGAGGCGAGCCGGGCCGGGCCGGGCCGAGGAGGCGAGCCGGUCCGCGGAGAGGACGUCUCCGCCCUAUCAGCUCGAAGGCGGCAUGGCGGAACUCACGGUACAGAAUGUCAUCUCCAUGGCGGAAGAAUGCCAUAGAGAAGAGGAGCAGUCAUCAGGUGCUGAGAUGGAACGGUCCGGUGAGGGUUCCUUGAGGUCCGUUGCCGAUUUGCCGGCAGAGUCCAGCAGCUCGUCUGAGCGGCCCCAGCGCGGCGCCGUGGAAGACGAGCUGGAUGGGUUUCCUGUUUUUGGGGCGGAUGAAGAAGACUGGGAGAGCAGCUCCAGCCAGAGGGGUCGUCACAGUGAGGAGCAAGACGAGAGUGAAAGUCAGAGCAGGAAAGUCUCGCAACAGAGUGGAGCAAAUGCGGAUGACAGUGCUCAGCAGUCUCAAAUGGAGGAGGGCACCUCACAGAAUGAAACUAGUACCUCGUCACAGGAGCAAGGUGGAAGCUUUAGAGAGGAAACCCUGUAUUCUCCUUUAAUGAAAAUAAAGGAUGAGCCCAUAGAUGAGGGCUACGAUAAAGCCCUGAUCCCGCCAUCUGACAUUAGCCGCGUUAAAGAGGAGCUCGAGAACGGGGAACACGAGAUAGCAACUCCUCCAGAUGAGCUGAGGAUCAGUUCCGUCUUCUCUGUUAGAGGAGCUGGUGAUCCCAUUUCUGGUUCUGUCGCAGCCUCACAGCCACCUGCAUUCUCUACCAUGAGCCAGUCAACUUCAGCCAUUAAAGCACCUCUUAUGGUCCUGCCAGCCCAACCACAACCUCAGCUCCAAGCCAAGCCCUUGGCCCAGAUUCAGCUCCAGCUCCAGCCUCAACUCCAACUCCAGACCCAGCCUCAGCCGCAGCUCCAGCUCCAACCGCAGCCCCAGCUCCAGCUUCAGCCUCAGCUGCAGCCCCAGCCUCCUCCUGCAUCAAUACGGAUCUGCUGCUCAGGCUGCUCCAAGGUCCUGCAGAAGGGCCAAACAGCGUUCCAGCGGAAAGGCUCUAACCAGCUCUUCUGCUCCACUGUCUGUCUGACUGGGUUCACCCUGCCUCCAACCAUCAGUAUUGCCCCAAAGAAAACUUGCCACCUCUGCCUCAAGGUGAUUGGGAAUCCAAAGGACUUGAUAACCGUUCCAGUGGAUUCUUCAAACACGUUGAAGGAGUUUUGCAGCCAGGCUUGCCUGACCAUCUAUAGAUCCAGGGUCGAGGGUUUUAGUGAAGACAGCAUUGUUAGAUGCACUAUGUGCAGAAAUCCCAGCGAGAUCCAACACGAGGUUAAUCAUCAGGGUGUCCUUCACCGCCUCUGCAGUGACGAAUGCUUCUCCCGUUUCCGCUCGUCCAAAAGACUGUCAAUGAGUUGCUGUGAGAGUUGUGGUAACUGCACCGUCACGGGAAACUACCACCUCGUACAGAUUGAGGACGCUGUUAAAAAGUUCUGCAGCCCAGUUUGCAUCAGCACGUAUAAACAGAAAAGUGGGAAGCGAGUUCACUGCCCCUACUGUCACGAGUUUAAAUCUGUGGACCAGAUGCUGGAGGGAACGAACGCACAGGGAGUCAUCGAGUUCUUCUGUUCCUCCAGAUGCGUGACCAACAGCCAGGCGUCUCGCACUCUCUCAGGUGCCUCAUUUCCAUGUACAAACUGCCAGAAGUUGGCGAUUCCUCAGUAUCACCUGGCCAUGCCUGAUGGAUCCAUCCGCAACUUUUGCUCGUACGAGUGUGCUUGCAGAUUCCAGGAGAAGCUACAAAGGGCACCGACCCAAAUGAACGGCGGUUCCGCAGUUGCUCCGAAUACCAUCCUAAAUAUGGCCCCUCGUGGACCCCAGUACGUGUCAUCUCGUCCUCCCGCACCUCUUAAUACUCCGAACCUUUCUGCUUCCUAUAUGACCGCCUCAAGCCAGAAUCCCCCAUCUUUUGUGCCUACCUCAAAUCAAAACCCCAUUCCACCAUAUGUGCCAGCACCUGGACUGGCAAACCCACAGGACAGCCAGAAUCAGCAGCCAGACGCUCCAGCCUCAGCACAAAGCACCAUCAGACUGACCUGCAAACAGUGCCAGAAGCAGUUCCGCUCCAAACCAGAGGUCCUGCAGUUUAAGAAUCACGUUGGGCUUUUCUGCUCACGCUUGUGUUGUGACGCGUACAAGAGGGAGAAGGACGUUAGAGCGGUGUGCGAGUACUGCAAAGAAGAAAAAGUGCUCAAGGACAUCACUAUGUACGAGCAUAAGCCACGGGCCUUUUGUUGCGAAGGCUGCAAACUGCUCUUCAAGCAUGACCUUGCCAAGCAGCAUGGGAGCCAGUGCAGGGUCUGUGCUUACUGCUGCAACAUGACCCACAGCACCAUCCAGAACCACUUCGGUGGCAAGCUGGAGGAGUUCUGCACUGAAGAGUGCAUGUCUCUCUACACUGUUCUCUUCUAUGAGAUGGCAAAGUGCUAUUGGUGCAAGACUCAGGGGACACUAAGUGAGAGCCUCAAGUGGGACGGAACGAUAAAACACUUCUGCAACCUGCGCUGCGUGCUGCAGUUUUGCUCCAAGAGUGUUGUCCCAGACCAACCCAACAGCAACGGUAUCACCACUUCUGCCACUGCAGCUCAGGCGCCGUUGUCUCUCUCUAAAGACAUGCCCGUCAUCGGUGGUGUUGUUUCACUGGCGUCUGCGCUGGCUGGUAACACUGCUCUUACAGGAGCGCUUCCUACCUCUAACGCCAGCUCGAAAAUCAUCGGUGAUGCCAGCACCCAGACAGAUGCUGCAGUGAAUGUUAGUCCUCAUCAGCGACGGAUGCUGAAGAACAAAGCUCUGAUGUGCAAACCUAUCAUUGAAGAGCAGGGCGUCCAGUGUCAUCUUGAGCCUCCAAAACCGCUGUUUGACACAGUGGUUGAUGAAAAUGGGGAGAAAGUGAAGCUGGUGCCGGUGCCUGUGCCGAUUCCAAUGCCCGUGUACAUUCCCGUGCCCAUGCACUUGUACACUCAGUUCACACCAGUGCCGCUGGGACUUCCUCUGCCCGUACCCGUGCCACUGGUCAUGCCAGCUUCCCCGGAGUCCACGCAGCACACUGUCACCAAAGCCAGUGUGCCCUCUCAGAGUUCAGUGGAGGAUGAAGAGGCUGAAAAAAGUAAAGACAGGCCUGUGUCCCAUGGGGACCAGGGCAGUACUUACAGCGGGGACCUGGAGUCGGAGGCUAGGUCUACGCCAUUCAGCUGGGCAGAUACUGAGGAUUCUUCGCAGCUUCAUAAGCCAUCAGUCCCUUCGUUUCAGAUAGAGAGACCAGCCAAUACUCCCACUGCAUCCACAUCACCCAGCCCACUAGAUUUGGAAAAGGACUUUCCUGUUGCCUCGAAUGAUUGUGGAUCCUCAAAGGAGCAGAAGUCACCAAAGCGCCGCAAGAGAGGAAAGCGGGCUGCUGUUGUGGAAAAACUCAAGGAAAAAACGGACAUAGCACCAAGUUGCACACGGUCUUUCUCAGACACUGAUUUAGGACAGUCAAGCAUGGAAACAUGUCAAACUGAGACACUGGAUGCGAAUACUUUGAGUAAUUUGGAGUGUAUUCUAAUUGGUGAUGAGCAGGCUGAACCACAGAUGAGUCGUAAAUCUGGCCCACAGCUUAGGUCAUCAUCUCGGUCAAGGUCAUCCCUAAGGCCAGAUAUGAAACCAUAUGAAACGGUUGGCAGUCAGAAAUUGCGCACCAAAAGGCAGUUCUGUUUUUACUGUAAAGAGCCCAAUGCCAAAAUGGCAAGACAUUUGGAAUGCAAACACCAAACAGAAACAGAUGUUGCACAUGCCCUCCGCUUUCCAAAGGGAUCUAGAAGACGACAUCUCUUACUUGAACGGCUUUGCAAAAAAGGCAAUUAUCUGCAUAAUGUUGAAGUCCUUCAAAGUGGAAAUGAAGAAAUUGCUCCUAAAAACCAAACAAAAGCCAACAAUUCCAUGAUGGAGUUCUCAACCUGCCAAUACUGCCUGGCUUUCUAUCGCCGACGUGCCUUGUUAAAACAUGAGCGCUCAUGCAAGAUGAAGAUGAAUUUGCGAUCCUGUUCAAAUUUUUUGCAACAACCGGACACUAAGUGCUCCUCUCAGUCUGGUUUGGAAUCUAGUAUUGAACCUACAUCUGAACUGACCUCCCAACCCCUUGCCACAUUAAGCCCAGUUCGAGUGCCAAAUCAGUGUUCCAGUCCUGAACCCAGACAACAACCUAGUCUUGACUCCAGCUCCCAACCCAGUAUCAGUUUCUGCCCUGAAUCCAUCACUUUACCCAAUAUUGAAAUCUUCUCGAUGCCAAGUACUCAAUUCACUUCUGAAAUCCUUAAAGCACCCAGUCUUGAAUCAUGUGACAGGACUUCUCUCGGAUUUGAUCUUGUACCAAGUCCACAACUUGGCCAGCCUUGUGCUGAAUCUUUCUAUCCACCCAGUUCUGAUCUUGGUGAACCACCUAGCCCUGAAUCAUGCCAUGAGCCUAAUUUGGAGUCUAGUCUUGAAACAAGCCCUCAAACUAAUGAAAUCUCAAAUCAGGUCACUGAUGGAUUCAGUCUUCAGAAAAGUACUUUUGCUAGUCCUGAAUCUUGCCACCACACUGCUCUCAGAACAACUUCUGAUCCUAUCCCACAGCCUGAUGAACCCCAUUUGGAAUCCCCUGCAAGAUCCGAUCCAGAUUUCGGAGCGCCACUAACUCCAGAUUCAUGUCUUCAACUCACUUUUAAUUCCAGUCCAGAACCUAGCCCUCAGUCUCAUUUUGAAACCUGUCUUCAAUUCAUGGAGACAUGCAGUUCUGAAACAGAUUAUCCCAAUUCUUGCCAACAAACUAGCCUCAGAAUCAGUCCUGAACCAAGCCCACAAUCAAAUCAAACAAGUUUUGAAUCAUGCUUUCCAACCAGUGUGAAGUCCAGCUCUGAACUCAGCCCAGGUCCUAGCUCUCAGCCUAGUCUUGAAACAGAUCCCUCGUCUGCUCCUGAAAUUGGUCACAAGCCCAAUGUUGAGUUGGGUUCACAACUUACUUUUGAAUCUCAUGUCAAAUGCAGCGUGAAAUCAAGUCCUCAGAAACUUUGUCUCCGGCCCACACUGAGGCGCAAAUAUAACCGACGGACAAGUUUAAUAUGUUCAACGUACAACCUGAGAUCCAAGUCAUCAGUGGUGCCCAAAGUCAGCCCAUGUAUUGAUAAAAGUGGGAACAAUGAGCAAAAGCUGGAUGCAGAUGUCUCAAGUGCAUCUGAAAAUGAUCCGAUUCAUGAAAAACAAACUAAUUUUACCAUGGAUUCAGGUGGCAAGUCAGAUGGAAUGAGACAGUUUGAUAAGUGUGGUGAAGUCUGUUCAACUCUGAACUCAUCAUGUUGCCAGAAGAGUUUCAAGUCUGAGAUGAAAUCAUCCACAGAGAUCAUAAUAAGUACUGAAUCACCCUCAAGUCCAGUGUCCACUCAAAGUUUCAGCAUAAUCUGUAGUACUUCUUCGAGCUCAGUGCCAUCCCAGCAGUUAACUUUAAACAAUAAAACACUUGGUGGUCACAAAUUACUGAGCAAACAGCAGUUCUGUGUCUAUUGUAAGAAUCCCUACACCAAAAUAGCACGGCAUCUAAGGCGUCAACAUGCACACGAAAAAGAUGUAGCACAUGCCCUGAGUUUUCCUAAGGGGUCUAAAAAAAGGCUUCUUUUGCUUGAACGCCUGUGCAAAAAAGGCAAUUAUCAGCAUAACAUUGAAGUUAUCCGGAAUGGAAAUGGAGAAAUUGUUCCUAAAAUCAGAGGAAAAGGUUACCAUUCCAUGAUGGAGUAUUUGCCCUGCCAGUACUGCCUGGCUUUCUAUCUCCGACGUGCCUUGUUAAAACAUGAGCGCUCAUGUAAGAUGAAGAUGAAUUUGCAGUCCUGUUCAAAUUUUUUGCAACCACAAGAUGCCAAGUGCCACUCUCAAUCUGAUGUGGAGUCCAGUAUUGAACCUACAUCUGACCUGACCUCCCAACCCCUUGCUAGAUUAAGCCCAUUUCAAUUGCUAAGUCUAAGAUGCAGUCCAGAACCUAAACCACAUCCUAAUCUUGACUCUAGCUCCCAAACUAGUAUCGGUUUCUGUCCUGAUUCAGUCUCACAACCCAAUCUUGAAUCCUCAUCUGUGCCAGAUGCUCAGUCUAGUUCUGAACUCCUAAAAGAACCCAGUCUUGAAUCUUGUGACAGGACUGGUCUCGGAUCUGGUCCUGGACAAGGUAAACAAUUUGAUCAGCCUAGUGCUGAUUUGUUCAGUCCAAUCAACUCCGAUCUUGGUCAGCCUUUAAGUUCUGAAACAAGCCUUCACACUAGUGUUACGUUCUCCUGUGAGGCUACUGACCAAUCCAGUCCUCCAAAAAGUAACUUUCCUAGUCCUGAAUCUUUCUGUCAGACAACCCAAGGAACAGAUCCUGAACCCAUCCCACAGCUGAAUAAACAAUGUUUGGAAUCCUCAGGGAAAUCUGAUCCAGAUCUUGGGCUCCCACUGUCUGCGGAUUAUUGUCAUCAACCCACUUUUAGUUCUAGUCUAGAAUGUAGCCCUCAGUCUAGUUUUGAAUCCUGUCUUCAAUUCAUGGAAAGUUGCAGUCCUAAAACAGAUUACCCCAAUUCUUGCCAGCAAAUCUGCCUCAGAAUCGGUCCCAAACCAAGCCCACAGACAAAUCAGACAAGUUUUGAAUCAUGCCCUACAUCCAGCCUGAGGUCCAGCGCUGAUCUUGGCCCACUAAUUUGUCCUGAAUCUAGUCCUUGCUCUCAGCCUAGUCUUGCUUUGUGUCUUCAGGCAGUUGUACAAGACACUCCUGAAACUGAUCUGUUGUCUACUCCUGAAUCUUGUUGCCACCCCAGUGUUGAGUGGAACUCGCAAUCUUCUCCUCAAUCCCAUCUUAAAAGCAGUAUGAAGUCAAGUCUUGAGACCAACCAAAAACCUAAUUCUAAUCUUUUUAACCAACCCAGUCAGAGUUGCAGGUUUAAGCAACAAGCAAGUUUGAGGUCAUGUUCGACAUACAACCUGAGAUCUAUGUUAUCACCAGUGCCCAAAGUCAGCCCAUAUAUUGAUAGAAGUGCUAAAAGUGAACAUGAGCUGGACUCAGAGAUCUCAAGUGGAUCUGAUCUUGGUCUGACUCAAGAUGAACAAUCCACUUGUAUCACGGAUGGCAAUUUGGAUGUAAUGAGACAGUUGGCUGAAAAUUUUGAUCUCAGAUCAGCUAUGAUCUCAUCAUCUUGCCAGAACACCAGUUCCUAUUCUGAGAUUGGGCCAACCUCAGAGAACAGAACAAAAGCUAAGUCACCUUCAAGUCCAGUGUCCUCUCGAAGUUCCAGAAGCAAAAACCUCAUGUCAAAUGUGUUGCUCAGUCCAAGUCUUAAUGCAAAUGAUGAAAGUGUGGACAGUAAUGAAUGUGAGCUGCGCACAGUCAUAGAAGAUGAGUCAGUGUUUCGUCCAGCUGAGAAUGACGCUUUCGUUACCAGAUCUAGUGCUGAAGAGCCUUUGAAGAGUCCUGCUGCAGCAUCUCGGCGCAGAUCAACAAAGAACACCAAGAUUAAGUCCAAGUUUAGCUCAAUUUCUUGCCUAAAAGCCACCAGUCGGACUAAGGCCUCAUCAAAGUCUAAGGUGUCUACUAAGUCGAGAGUAAAAGGUGGUAAAAAGGUAAAAACAGUUGGUGCCCAGAGACCAUAUGGCAGAAAGCAGUUUUGUGUUUUCUGUAAAAGACCAGUCACCAAAAUAGCAAGGCACUUGGAAAUGAGACAUUCAAAAGAAAAGGAUGUAGCACAUGCCCUCAGCUUUCCAAAGGGUUCCAAAACAAGACACCUUUUACUUCAACAGCUCCGCAAUAAAGGCAAUUACCAGCAUAACAUUAAAGUACUUCAAAAUGGAAGCGGGGAAAUUAUCCCACUGAAGCGAACAAAAAAGAACACUUCGUCGAACGACUAUAAAUCUUGUCCUGAUUGCCUGGGCUUUUUUCUUAAGAGCGAGUCGUGUCGGCACCAGCGGUCAUGCAAAAUGAAGAAGGAUAAAAACUCUCACCGGAAAUGGUCUCGGUCAGCUUCAAAUAAGACAUUUGCAUUACAUGACUGUCUUUCUGAGGGCUGCCGGGGCAUUGUCCGCUCUAUGAGAGACGAUGACAUCUCAAAACAAUUGAGAAAUGAUGAAUUGAUCUGCAAAUUUGGCAACAGUCUUUGUGAAAAGCGUGUGAAUCUGAAGUCACAGCACAGUUACGUAUCACAAAAGAUGAGAGAACUAGGUAGAUUUAUGUUGGCUGUGAAGGAGCUGGAUCCGAGUGUUGAGCAUCUGCAUCAAGUAUGCACUGAAUCCAGGUUUGAUUUGGCUUUGGAGGCUGCAAAGAAGCUUGGGUGUUUUGAUCAGCACUCUGAUCAAUUCAAAACUCCAGCGAUUGCAUCAAAACUGGGUUAUUCCUUGAAACAGGCCACUGAAAUAGCACUGGGAGAGAAUACUAUGGGAGAUGAAGCUCCAGCCCAAGCCAAAAAGUUCAUUGAGCUCCUUGAAACAGACUGGGUUACGUACAUAGCCUCACAUUCUUGCAACGAACAAAGCCCUGCUAAGCAGAGCCUGGAGGAUGUUGCAGCUCUUACGGAAGAUGUCAUCAAAAUGCAGGACUUUCUUAGACGUGCUGAAGAGCAGGCUAAAAGGGAACUGAUGGAAAACCCUAAUCGCAAAGCAUGGAAGAACCUGCGCAACAGUCUUCUUGGCACAGUUGCUCUCUUUAAUAGAGGACGGAAAAAUGCAGCGGAUAAAAUGCUUCUCAAAAACUACUUUGAGAGAACCAAAGAACCUUACAGUGGAGACAAGCGUGAGUUCUUAUCAAAGGUGCAGCAGAGUCUUAAUCAUAAGUUGAUCAAAAUUGAAAGCAUUUGUAAAGAUGGAAGUACGAGUCCCGUUUUACUGACUGAAAGAAUGGAGUCGUCCUUGGACAUCCUGACUAAGUACCGUGAGCAUGUAGGUGUCCCAGCGGACAAUCAAUACAUGUUUGCUCGAAUGGAAGCUUCUACUCAUGUAAGAGCCAGUGACUUCCUGAAAGAUCUUGCCCAGAAUUGUGGUGCAAACAAACCCGAAAGUUUUACUUCUAUACGUACACAUAAGAGUGUAUCCACUAUAUUCCAAAUACUGAGCCUUAAUGACCAUGAAAUGCACCAUGUAGCCGAGCUUGUGGGUGGUGGCAGCUUUAACUGGGGAAAACUGAACGAAAAUCCCCUGCAGUUGGCAGAAAUCUGCAACCUGCUACUUAAAAUGGACCAAGAAGAUGUUCCACACAGAGAAAAUUCUCAUGACACAGGCAAAGCGGCAACUUCAGCCAAAGACACUGUUGAAGGUGAUUGUGCACCAAAAGACAAAAGAAGAAAAUGGAGUGUGGAAGAACAGGAAGCUGUGAGGAGGCACAUGGCAAAGUAUAUAUCCCUCUUGAAGGUACCAGGCAAAAAGGACUGUUUGGACUGUGUGAGGACUGAGCCAGAUGCUCUCAAGUCAAGAACGUGGAGGGAUGUCAAAUAUUAUGUUCAUAACGUCAUACAAGCGAGCAAAAAGAAGAAAUCAAAGCAGAUGGAAGCUGACGGAGAUGGAGAACGUCCUGGUGGAGGAGCUGAUGCGAUGGAUGCUGCUGCAGAUGGGCCUCGUCCUAAAAGGCGACGUGUGUGAAGAUACGCCUAGAUGCGUCUUUGCCAGAAUUUUUGGUUUUCUAGUUUAAAAAAAGAACUAACAGGCAAACAAGAAGAACUUCUCUACUUUUAAUUCUUUCAGUUUGCUGUUUUUAGUGCAUCUUCUAUUUUGGUCUUUGCUACUCACAAUCGUUAGUAGAUCUCUAGGUGUUGAGUAUCAUUAGUAGAACAAGGUCAAGCAUUUAUUCUUGUUGCCAAUCUGGCAUGUGUUGUUGGAAAUGCCAGAUGCAGAGUUCGAAAAACUGAUUUAUAAGUGAAAGGGUUUAAUAUUCUUACUUGUAUUGUUAAGCAUGUUAAUGUACUACACUAAGAAAUCCUGUUUAUUUCUUGUCCUUAAUUUCAUUGUAUUGCGUUUCAUGUUAAGCACUUUAUUACUGUAAUGAGGCCUAAGAAAGACCUGAUCUUGUACUGUUUUAUUUGUGUGAUGAUUUACUAAACUCAGCAUUAUUUCAACGAUUCUUUAGUUUGACAACUGAAGUUGAAUGUGCACUUUUUUCUUUCAUACUCACAUUGUUUACCUGUAAUGUUCAAGGUCACUUCCCUCCUGUUUUAUAAUACAUUCUCUACUGUAUAUUCAUUUUGUUGAACGUCUCUGAAAUUAGGUUGUAUUACUCUGUAGAGUAUCUCGGUGCUUCUCUUGUCUGUGUUUAGGUCACAGUUCAAUAAAAAUUGGGACCGUG